AUGUCGACGUAUCGUAUCGUAGCUGGUGAUACAUUGUGGGAUCUUAGUCAACGCUACGGAUGCACCGUCGAUGAACUGAUGGCUGUCAAUCCUGGAGUGAGACCCGAAGCAUUGACAGUGGAUCAAAUCUUGAACCUACCCUUCGAAACAUUCAACAGCACGUUAUCAACAAACACAUGGUCAUCGACUGAAGAACCAUUACUACCGACAUGGCAAGCACCUGCUUGUGCCCGAUUGGAUACAACAUUGAGCGAAAGCACUCCAGAGCCGAUUGGACAACUACGCCAUUUAAUCGAUCCUGCAGCACAAGAAACGAAUGUACCAGCCGAUCUCAUCGGCGCUGUCAUCUAUCAAGAAUCUGGAGGUAAUAUAAAUGUUAACACGACAACAAAUCCAGGUAAUUUUGGAGUCGAUUCGGGUGUCAUGCAAGUAAAUGAGUAUACAGGUGCUGAACUUCAACAACAAUAUCCUCAUCGUUUUGUUGGUCUUUACGGUACAGAAAAAGAAAUUAUGCUUGGUGCCAGCUAUCUCAAACAGAUGUAUGACACAUUUGCAGAUCACGAUUGGGGCAUUACACUUCGUGCUUAUAAUUCAGGUCCGAAUGGUGUCGAUAAAAAUAAUCUACGCGCAAAACCAGCGGGUACUGGUGACAGUACUUAUGUCGACAAGGUUUUACAUUUUUGGGUUGACAUAUCGCAAGGUAAUCCAUUACCACCAGAUCAUUAUGAAUCAAUUUAUGGCAGAGGCUUUUGA